CUGGGCAGAAGGGGUGAGGGCGCCGGAGGUGAGGAUUCUGGGCCGUCCGCGACCCGCGAGGACUUGAAGUAGCCGCGGCGGCGUCCGGAGCGGCACCCGCUCCCGCCCGGCGAGCCCCUGCCGCGGGAGGAAAGGAGCGGCAGCCUGCGUGGCCCUCCUUCCUUUGUGUCUGGGUUGAAACCCUCCCCUCGGCGCCCCGGGACUGCGUGGGCUGUUUGCUGGGGUGACGCCUCGGGCUCCGCCAGUCGGCGGUCCCGGGGGUCUUCAGGUGCCCCCAGCUGCGGAGGCCCAGGUGAGGCCCCCGUGAGGCCAGACCUGCCCCAGGGCUGUGCCCCGAGCCCUAAUUGCUUUCGGAAGCGCAGUUGCCUCCCCUCACCCCCAGCUUGAUUUCCCAGCCUAUCCCUGCAGGGCUGCUUUGCCCGGUGAAGACCCUGUUACGAAGGUUUGGGUAAGUUUGCGCCUCGCUUUUCUCCCCAGCCCUGGUUCGUUGGAGGUUCGAAGUUAAUUUUAGGGACUCAGAAUUCUGGGUCAAGGAAUAAUUAUUAAUCGUUCUGAUAUUGUACCAGGAAGAGAAAUUAUCUAAAGAGGAAGUGGUGAGCGUUUACGGUUUUCCUGGAUGAUGCUGUCCUUUAUAUUUACCAACUAUAGAAUCCUAACUUUACAUGUUGAUAUGGUUGCAAAAGAUGGGACACUGAGAAUUUGUUCAGAAUACUUCAGUGUGUGCAGAGUUGAAAAAAAAGUACACAACUUAACGUCUUUAGUUUUAAUAGGGCGAGGUGAAGAUGGAAAUUAGUUACAGAUGGUCAGAGAGUGCUGUUGGGUUAGCUAUUGGACCUAAGCUAAAACGUUCGUUUUUGCUUUGUAACGCGUUUUAUUACUGAAAAAUUAAGGGACGUUUUAUGUUUGAGAUCAUAAAAACAUUAACAUUUGAAAGUUACCCAGCCUGGAUUCUAACUGUAACUUUUUCUUUUAUCAGUUUCAUGCCAGUACUGAGCGUUUUGUGAAACUUGACAAGCAUGGGCAAAUGCUUUACUACCCUAUGUUUGCAAGUGACACAUUUGAUGCCACUUUUUGUAGUCAUUAUUGCAGCUUAAUCAUAAUUGCUGCUCUUCUGUGUGCUCAAAAUUACUUGUGCAUAUCUCAUUGUGCAUUAUCUCUUUGCACAUUGUAGUUAUCUCUUUUUCUCUCCUACCAGACUGUGAAUUCCUUCAGGAGUGUGAUUUAAUCUUCUCUGUAGCCUCAGGGCCUGACACAUAAGAGGGGUUCAAAUGUUUAUUGAGUGAAUACAUUAAUAAGCACAUUUAGAUGCUCGCUGUAAUACAAUGGAUAGAUUCUGCUAAGGUUUUAAAAACUUGUAAAUAUUCUGAUGGGUUUUAUACCCAUCAAAAAAUUUGCAUCUUUUUUUUUUUUUUUUUGUCUUUUCUAGGGCUACACCCGUGGCAUAUGGAGGUUUGCAAACUAGGAGUCUAAUCAGAGCUGUUGCCAUCGGCCUAUGCCGUAGCCACAGCAACUUGGGGUCUGAGCUGCGUCUGUGACCUACACCACAGCUCACGGCAAUGCCGGAUCCUUAACCCACUGAGCAAGGCCAGGGAUCAAACCCGCAACCUCAUGGUUCUUGUUGGGAUUCGUUUCCGCUGCGCCAUGCCGGGAACUCCACCUGCAUCAUAUCUGAAAUAAAGUUGGUAGGAACUUAUACUGUGAAGAAUAUUGUUCGUGUCUUCCUAACCUGAAAAAUGACAUCAGAGGGUAUUUUCUGUUGCUUUGUCAUAUUUAGCAGCUCAGCCGAAACAUUAGUGGAGUGAGCACUUGAAAAAUGUGUUUACCAGUGAAGACCUAGAGCUGACACCGGUCUUGAGCAUAACUUAUACUCAAUAUUAAGAAGCUCUAGUUUCAUGAUAGGGAAAGAAAUUGAGAAGUUUAUAAGUAUUACAACUUAAGUAUGAACAUUGUUUAUAAAAUCUUUGUUUAUAAAAUUUUAAAGGAUUUUUAAAAUUAUACAAAUGAUAAUGUGUGUUGAAAACUAUUAAGAGAGUAUAGAAAAGAACACAAAAGAAAGGAGGGUAAUCCCCCUAAAUCUUGUUACUUGGAAGUAACCCAAACAUUUAGUUGAAUAAACUUCUAAAUACCUCCCUAUGCAUUUAUAUGAGACCAGCACAUUUUUUUUGUGCUAUAUUUGGGAUCAUAUAUCAAAAUUUUUCAAUCAGGUAUGUGUCAUGAUCAUCUUUCCAUGACAGUACAUGGAGAUGAGUCUUAUUUUUUAUUUUUUUUUUGGUCUUUUUAGGGCUACACCCUGAGUAUUUGGAGGUUCCCAGGCUAGGGGUUGAAUUGCAGCUGCAGCUGCCGGCCUAUGCCACAGCUGCAGCCACGCCAGAUCCAAGUUUCAUCUGUGACCUGUAAACACAGCUCAUAGCAAUGCCAGAUCCUUAACCCACUGAGCGAGGCCAGAGAUAGAUUCUGCAUCCUCACGGAUAGUAGUCAGAUUCGUUUCUGCUGAGCCAUGUCGGAAACUCCAAGUCUUAUCAUUUUAAAUGGCAGUGUAAUAGUCCAUCUUAUAUACAUACUCUGAUUUUUUAAAUCCAUGCUCAGAAUGAUGGGAAAUUUUUUUUUGUGCAUUUUUGGAGCCACACCUGCAACAUAUGGACGUUCCUGGGCUAGGGGUUGAAUCAGAGCUGCAGCUGUCAGCCGCAGCCAUGCCAGAUCCGAGCAGUAUCUGCGCCCUGUGCUGCAGCUUGUGGCAGCAUCUGAUCCUUAACCCACUGAGUGAGGCCAGGGAUUGAACCCACAUCCUCAUUGGAUACUAGUCAGGUUCUUAACCCACUGAACCACAGUGGGAACUCGUUGUAAUCUUUUUAUCUUACCUAAACACACGCUGCUAAUUUUUUAUGUGGGUAUUUUUGUGUGUAGAUAAAUAUGACAUAUAUAUAUAUAUGAAUAUCUCUUGGAGGUAAAUUCCUGGAAGUGGAAUUUCUGGGUUAAAGGGGAAAGCUUACUUUAAACACUUCUAUAGCUUAUAUUGUCUUCCAGAAAAGCUGCAACUACUUAUCUACCCUCCUCAAGUAGUUUAUAAGAAUACCCAUCACCCCACACCUAUGAAGAUAUUGGUUUUUGUUUAUUUUAAAAAUCUUUGCAAAAAACUUUUUAUUUUCUUUACAUUUUUCAUUACCAAGGAGAUUAUACAUCUUUUCUUUGUUUCUUUUUUUUUUUUUUUUUUUUUUUUUUUUUGCCUUUUCUAGGGCCACUCCCGUGGCAUAUGGAGGUUCCCAGGCUCGGGGUCGAAUCGGAGCUGUAGCCGCCGGCCUAUGCCAGAGCCACGUCUGCAACCUACACCAAAGCUCACAGCAACGCUGGAUCCUUAACCCACUGAGCAAGGCCAGGGAUCGAACCCGCAACCUCAUGGUUCCUAUUCGGAUUCGUUAACCACUGAGCCACGAUGGGAACUCCAUAUACAUCUUUUCAUACCUUUAUUGGCCUGACAAAUAUUUUGAUGUUUUGCCUGUAGCUCAUGGUUGACAGCUCAGAGAAAGAAAAAUUUGAGGAAGGAUGGAUGCAAAAGCUCGAAAUUGUUUGCUUCAACAUAGAGAAGCCCUGGAAAGGGACAUCAAAACAUCCUACAUCAUGGAUCACAUGAUUAGUAAUGGCGUUUUAACACUUUCAGAGGAGGAAAAAGUGAAAAAUGAGCCUACUCAAUGCCAACGAGCAGCUCUGCUAAUUAAAAUGAUACUUAAAAAAGAUAAUUAUGCCUACAUAUCAUUCUACAAUGCUCUGCUACAUGAAGGGUAUAAAGAUCUUGCUGCCCUUCUCCAUGGUGGCCUUCCUGUCGUCUCUUCUUCCAACAGCAAAGAUUCAGUUGCUGGAAUAACUUCCUAUGUAAGGACAGUCCUGUGUGAAGGGGGAGUGCCACAGAGGCCCGUCGUCUUUGUUAUGAGGAAGAAGCUCGUGAAUGCAGUUCAGCAGAAGCUCUUCAAACUGAAUGGUGAACCGGGAUGGGUCACCAUAUAUGGAAUGGCGGGUUGUGGGAAGUCUGUGUUAGCUGCAGAGGCUGUUCGAGAUCAUUCUCUCUUAGAAGGUCUCUGUUGAUCUUGGAUGAUAUUUGGGAUCCUUGGGUAUUAAAAGCUUUUGACAAUCAGUGUCAGAUUCUUCUUACAACUAGAGACAAGAGUGUUACAGAUUCAGUAAUGGGUCCUAAAUAUGUAAUACCUGUGGAGAGUGGCUUAGGAAAAGAAAAAGGACUUGAAAUUUUAUCCCUUUUUGUUAAUAUGAAGAAAGCAGAUUUGCCAGAACAAGCUCACAGUAUUAUAAAAGAAUGUAAAGGUUCUCCUCUUGUAGUGUCUUUAAUUGGUGCACUUUUACGUGAUUUUCCCAACCGCUGGGAUUACUACCUCAGGCAACUUCAGAAUAAGCAAUUUAAGAGGAUAAAGAAAUCUUCAUCUUAUGAUUAUGAAGCUCUGGAUGAAGCCAUGUCGAUAAGUGUUGAAAUGCUCCGAGAAGACAUCAAAGAUUAUUACACAGAUCUUUCCAUCCUUCAGAAAGAUGUUAAGGUGCCUACAAAGGUGUUAUGUAUUCUCUGGGACAUGGAAACCGAGGAAGUCGAAGACAUACUGCAGGAGUUUGUUAAUAAGUCUCUCUUAUUCUGUGAUCGGAAUGGAAAGUCAUUUCUUUAUUAUUUACAUGACCUUCAAGUAGAUUUCCUUACAGAGAAGAAUCGCAGCCAGCUUCAGGAUCUGCACAAGAAGAUGAUCACUCAGUUCCAGAGACAUCACCGGCUACACACUCUUUCACCAGAUCAGGAGGACUGCAUGUAUUGGUACAAUUUUCUGGCUUAUCACAUGGCCAGUGCUAAUAUGCACAAAGAACUGUGUGCUUUAAUGUUCUCCCUGGAUUGGAUUAAAGCAAAAACGGAACUUGUAGGCCCUGCUCAUCUGAUUCAUGAGUUUGUGGAAUAUAGGCAUAUUUUGGAUGAAAAGGAUGGCACAGUCUGUGAGAAUUUCCAGGAGUUUUUAUCUUUAAAUGGACAUCUUCUUGGACGACAGCCGUUUCCUAAUAUUGUGCAACUGGGUCUCUGUGAACUGGAAACUUCAGAAGUGUAUCGGCAAGCUAAGCUGCAGGCCAAGCAGGAGGUCGAUAACGGAAUGCUUUACCUGGAGUGGAUAAACAAAAAAAACAUCAAGAACCUCUCCCGCUUAGUUGUCCGCCCCCAUACAGAUGCUGUUUACCAUGCUUGCUUUUCUGAGGAUGGUCAAAGAAUAGCUUCUUGUGGAGCUGAUAAAACCUUACAGGUGUUCAAAGCUGAAACAGGAGAAAAACUUCUAGAAAUCAAGGCUCACGAGGAUGAAGUGCUUUGCUGUGCAUUCUCUGCAGAUGACAGAUUUAUAGCAACUUGCUCAGUGGAUAAAAAAGUGAAGAUUUGGAAUUCUGUGACCGGGGAACUGGUACAAAGCUAUGAUGAGCACUCAGAGCAAGUCAACUGCUGCCACUUCACCAACAACAGUAAUCACCUUCUCUUAGCCACUGGCUCAAGUGACUACUUCCUCAAACUCUGGGAUCUGAAUCAAAAAGAAUGUCGAAAUACCAUGUUUGGUCAUACAAAUUCAGUCAGUCACUGCCGAUUUUCACCAGAUGAUAAGCUUUUGGCUAGUUGUUCAGCUGAUGGAACAUUAAAGCUUUGGGAUGUGAAGUCAGCAAAUGAGAGGAAAAGCAUUAAUGUGAAGCAGUUCUUCCUAAAUUCAGAGGAGUCUCAAGAGGAUAUGGAAGUGAUGGUGAAAUGCUGUUCGUGGUCAGCUGACGGUGCCAGCUUAGUGGUGGCAGCAAAAAAUAAAGUCCUGCUUUUUAACAUUCAUACAGGUGGCCUGUUGGCAGAAAUCCACACAGGCCAUCACAGCACCAUCCAGUACUGUGACUUCUCCCCCAGUAACCAUUUGGCAGUAGUGGCUUUGUCCCAGUACUGUGUGGAGUUGUGGAAUAUGGAUUCAUGUUUAAAAGUAGCUGACUGCAGAGGACAUUUAAGUUGGGUUCAUUGUGCAAUGUUUUCUCCUGAUGGAUCAUCGUUUUUGACAUCUUCUGAUGACGAGACAAUCAGGCUCUGGGAGACAAAGAAAGUGUGUAAGAACUCUGCGAUAGUGUUAAAACAAGAAAUAGAUGUUGUGUUUCAAGAAAAUGAAGUGAUGGUUCUUGCAGUUGACAACAUAAGACGUCUGCAAGUCAUUAAUGGAAAAACAGGUCAGAUUGAUUAUCUGACGGAAGCCCAAGUGAGUUGCUGCUGCUUAAGUCCACAUCUUCAGUACCUUGCGUUUGGAAGCGAUGAUGGAGCCAUUCAGGUUUUAGAACUCCUAAACAACAGACUCUUCCAGUCCAGGACUAGGCACAAGAACACUGUACGGCAUAUCCAGUUCACUACUGAUGGAAAGAAUGUUAUCUCAAGCUCUGAUGAUUCUGCAAUUCAGGUGUGGAAUUGGCAGUCAGAGGAGACUGUCUCUCUGCAAGCCCAUCAGGAAACAGUGAAAGACUUUAGACUCUUGAAAAAUUCGAGACUGCUUUCCUGGUCAUUUGAUGGAACAGUAAAGGUAUGGAAUAUUAUAACUGGAAGAAUAGAAAAGGACUUUGUCUGUCACCAGGAUACAGUACUUUCUUGUGAUAUUUCUCCUGAUGCUACCAAAUUUUCUUCUACCUCUGCUGACAAAACUGCAAAGAUUUGGAGUUUUGACCUCCUUUCCCCUCUUCAUGAAUUGAGAGGCCACAAAGGCUGCGUGCGCUGCUCUGCCUUCUCCGUGGACAGUACCCUGUUGGCGACUGGAGAUGACAACGGAGAAAUCAGGAUAUGGAAUGUCUCAAACGGUGAGCUUCUUCAUUCGUGUGCUCCAGUCUUAGUAGAAGGAGGAGCUGCUACCCACGGAGGCUGGGUGACCGACCUUCGCUUUUCUCCAGAUGGCAAAAUGCUUGUUUCUGCUGGAGGGUAUCUUAAGUGGUGGAAUGUUGACUCUGGGAAAUCCAUACAGACGUUCUACACAAAUGGAACCAAUCUUAAGAAAAUACAUGUGUCCCCUGACUUCAAAACAUAUGUGACUGUGGAUAAUCUUGGUAUUCUGUAUGUUUUAAAGAUUUUAGAGUAAAAUAGUUGAGCAGUGAUGCAAGUUGAACUCUUAAUUUUGAAUUGGAAAAAAUCGUAAUGAAACUCUGUAUUUCAACUUUUUUUAUAAAGCUGUGAAUUGUUUUGCAGUAUUGCAUUCAUUACAAAAGUAUUUGUGGUUGGAUGAAUAAUAUUAAUGUAGCUUUUCCCAAAUGAACACACUUUUAAUCUUGUUUUUCAUAAUCAUCAUCAUUAUUUUUAACAGUUUGUCCUGAAGAUGCAAAUGGAAAUGUAAAUAUGUACCUCGUUAUACUGUUGGUAAAAUUCUCCCUUGAUGCACUCAAAUUGGUUGACAUAAUUAAUAAGAAUAAUUUGAAGGAAAUGUGUAUUUUAAUAUUAUCAUUAUGCAGGCUGUGCUACAGGGUAGUAGUGGCUUGGCUUUAUGAACCACACUUAUCCCAAGAGGGUAUAGUUCCCCCAAAUAUCAUCUCAGACCUUAUUUGUACCCCUGUAAUUUGCUUGAAAAAUAUUGUGUCUGUGUACACAAUGUAAAAAAUGUCCUUUAAUGUACUUGAUAAGUGAGUCUUAGAUUCCAAAAGAUCUUUCUGUGAGUCAAAAUUUAUGCACGUUGGAGAGAGUAGAUUUUGUUGGUCUACCCUUUCUCAUCCACUGAUGGCAGCCCGGGCUGGACCUGGACUCAAGCUGUCAGUCUUUAAGUUGGUCCGUGUCCUGCUCUCUGCUUUUUUAUAUACCAGACUUGGUAUACUUGACUGACCUUGACCUUUCUUAAUCCUCACUUCAGUACUUGCUCCACAGCUAACUGUUAGUAAAUCAGAGUAAUCAGGGAAGAGCCAAUUUUAAUCAUAAGUUGAAACAACAGAAUUUUUCUAAGAUAGGGAAAAUAGUAAAAAAUAAUUUUUGUCUAAUUCCAUUUACUUGUAGAUGAAUAGCAUUGCUAAUGCUGUUAGUGAAUUUCAAGAGAAUUCUAUUUGGUUUUCUGAGCAAUGCUGGAAGAGUCAUGUGACUCUGGAAGAUGUCACCUUUAACCUUCCAGCCUGUCGCUUUCUAUCCCCUUCUCUCCCUCCGCAUUUCCUUCCUUUCCCUCCCUCCUUCAUUCUAAGCUUCAUCAGGAAAAAUAAUUUUUGAUAAGGAAGAGGCGUAUCAAUAUCAGUAACUAGCUUUUUUUACCUCCUGGUCAGGUACUUACAUUGCAGCUUAACUCUAAACAUUUCCCCUGAAGUAUACUGUUAAGGGAAAUGUGAUAAAUAUAAAAUUAAUAAAAUUAUUUAUGUAAAAGACAACCAAAAUUCAGAAGUUUUUGCUGCUGCAAGAGCGAAGUCAGAUUAGUGUUACUAGUAGGUAAGCAUUGAGCUAGUUUCUGUUGUUGAUACAUGUGAGGUGGGUACGGGGAAUAGACCACUCCAGAUGUGCUUUCAGAUGUUCCUCUUUAGUAUUUGAGGGAACCUUAAGAGUGAAUAAAGUCUUUCACAUUGUUAAGGAGGCUUGUUUUUUGUUUUGUCGCAUAGUGGGUUGAGGAGCUCAUUUAUAGGUUCACUGUGACUUAAGCAAAUGUGAUGUAAAAAAUCUUACUUUUAUAAAAGAAUUUCUAUAAAUAGUAUGUUCUACUUAGAGUACUCAAAUCAUAAUUUGAUUGGUUUACAAUGUUUAGGAACUCAUAGCUCAGAGUAUAAAGUAUUAACUUUUAGAAUUAAAUGUCACUUGACUGUAAAAGUAUGACAACAAACAUCAGCUUUUAAAAAGCCUUGAUUGGCCCUUUUAUCUUACCAAUAAAUUAAAAAGAAAAAAUGAGAAGAGAGACUGGGUAACAUGAGGAAAGAAGAGAAGCCUUUCAUGGCAGUGUAAGUGGCCAGUCAAGGGGGACGGUUUUGUUUUGUUCUUUGGGGUGAGUGUUUUUCAAGGCUUUCCCCCUGCUUUAUUUUUUAAUUUUUUUUUUGUAUUGAACAUACACUGCAUUUUGUGUGUAUAAAGGUUUUUUUGUUUUUUGUAUUGGAUAUGUGUUAUGAUGUUUUGGAAACAGUUUUGUAUUUAUGAUACAGCUUACAUUUUUUUUUUUUUGCCUUGGUAUACACUUAAAUACAUGAAUUAAAAAAUUUUAUAAAAAUAAAAUUCCUAAAAUAUUUUUGAAAA